AUCGGCGUUCAUGGCAUUUGGAUAGAAUUUGUUGACGAUUAUAACCGUCGUCGGACUGCCACUUACUUGCCCGAAGUUGCUGAGGAACAAGAAGAGGCUGUUGACUCGCUACUUCGUAAAGGUGGAUACAAUGGUCGGAUUACCGAUAAAAUUCGUAGUCGUGUUGUUCUUACACGUUAUCAAAGCGCAAAAUAUGUUAUAACUUAUGAAGAAUAUCUCGAACAUAUUA